GACAUGCAAAACCUUUGUACACCACUGUCUAGCAGUAGCCUGAUCCAAGUGCAGUGUGUGCACGGUAAGUGAUCUCGAGCCGCCAAAGGUAACAAUGGCAGAACAGCACAAAAACCCAACAAACAGGGCAGCCUCCGAUGGCCUCCCAGACGGUGUUGCGCCGCCGCGGAAGAAGACCAACGUCCGGUUCGCCUUCGCCUGCGCCAUCUUGGCCUCCAUGACCUCCAUCCUCCUCGGCUACGACAUCGGGGUGAUGAGCGGCGCGGCGCUGUUCAUCAAGGAGGACCUCAAGAUCUCAGACGUGGAGGUGGAGGUCCUGCUCGGCAUCCUCAACCUCUACUCGCUCUUGGGCUCCUUCGCGGCAGGGCGCACCUCCGACUGGAUCGGACGCCGGCUCACCAUCAUCCUCGCCGCCGUCAUCUUCUUCGUCGGGGCCUUCAUGAUGGGCUUCUCGGUGAACUACCCCAUGCUCAUGGCUGGCAGGUUCGUGGCGGGCAUCGGCGUCGGCUACGCGCUCAUGAUCGCGCCCGUCUACACGGCCGAGGUCUCGCCGGCGUCGUCACGCGGGUUCCUCACCUCCUUCCCCGAGGUGUUCAUCAACAUCGGCAUCCUGCUCGGCUACGUCUCCAACUACGCCUUCUCCCACCUUAGCCUCAAGGUCGGCUGGCGCCUCAUGCUCGGCAUCGGCGCCGCGCCUUCCGUCGUCCUCGCGCUCAUGGUGCUCGGCAUGCCGGAGUCCCCGCGGUGGCUCGUCAUGAAGGGCCGUCUCGCCGACGCGAAAGUCGUGCUCGGCAAGACCUCCGACACGCCCGAGGAGGCCGCCAUGCGCCUCGCGGACAUCAAGGAGGCGGCCGGCAUCCCCGCCGACCUCGACGGCGACGUCGUCGCCGUGCCCAAACGGACCGGCGGCGAGGAGCGCGUGUGGAAAGAGCUGAUCCUGUCCCCGACGCCGGCCGUCCGGCGCGUGCUCUUGUCGGCGAUCGGAAUCCACUUCUUCCAGCAGUCGUCGGGCAUCGACUCGGUGGUGCUCUACAGCCCGCGCGUGUUCCAGAGCGCCGGCAUCGCCGACAAGAACAAGCUGCUGGGCACCACGUGCGCCGUCGGCGUGACCAAGACGGUCUUCAUCCUGGUGGCCACGUUCACGCUGGACCGCUUCGGCCGUCGGCCACUCCUGCUGACGAGCACGGGGGGCAUGGUCGUCAGCCUCGUCGGCCUCGGGUUCGGGCUCACCGUCAUCGGCCACCACCCGGAGGGCACCACCAUCCCCUGGGCCAUCGGCGUCUGCAUCGCCUCCAUCCUCGGGGUGGUGGCCUUCUUCUCCAUCGGGCUCGGCCCCAUCACGUGGGUGUACAGCUCCGAGAUCUUCCCGCUUCACCUGCGCGCGCUCGGCUGCGCGCUCGGCGUCGGCGUGAACCGCGUCACCAGCGGGGUCAUCUCCAUGACCUUCCUGUCGCUGUCCAAGGGCAUCACCAUCGGGGGCAGCUUCUUCCUCUACGCGGGCGUCGCCACGCUCGCCUGGGUCUUCUUCUUCACCUACCUCCCAGAGACGCGAGGCCGCACGCUCGAGCAGAUGGGCGACCUCUUCGGCAUCCCUAACAUGGCCGGCGACAGCGACCAGCAGUCACCGGAGAAGGAGAAGACGACCUUGAGCAACGUCGAGAUGUCAUCGACGGCAACUAGUAGUGAUAUCAGAAAUGAGUGAUGAUGAAAUUACGGGGCAUGCAGUCAUGCACUGAGAAGGUUAUGUGAUCAACUCUGAAGGCGCGCGAGAGAAUGCGGGGCGGUGGCAUCACGCAUGUAGUCAAAGACUUCCUUUUUUUUUUCUUGUGUGUUGCAAGAGGGAUAACUUUCUGGUUUGGCCUUUUUGGCCUCUUGUCUGUACGGAUAGGUAGGAAAUUAGUGCACUUUGCAGGAGUACGUGUGUGUUGACGUGUACAGUGUAUGGCUGCGGAGUCAAAGCACCAGAGUACAAUAUGCAUGCAUGAUGUUGGUCUA